CUCAGAUUUAAGAACAGUAGUCCUCUGCACACAAAUCUACUCUCACAUUAAUAAAAAGAAAAAGUGAAAAAGGAGAAAAAAGCCACUGGAUUUUACUCAGCUCGUUUUUUUCCGAUCUCCUACAUAUCAUAAACGCCGUCAACGCCGGCUGCCGGAAUAAAGGCACAUACACAUUUCUAUUUAGCUGUUGUUCCUCUUCACAUUCUCCAACCUGGUUGAAAACCUUGAAAACCCAUUUUCUUUUUGGUAAUCGGCGGCCUCUGCAAUUACACUGGUGCAUUUGUGCGGUUCAUCUGCUGCCUCUGGCUUACAGUUGACUGUAAAGCGGUGUAUUGGGCGAGCAUGGAUAGUGGAUUGGGGAUGGGGUGUUUGUUUGGAUUUAAGAUUUCUUUGGUAGAUUGGGAGUUUGUUUUCUGAUGUCACGAACCGGAGAUAGGAUGAGCAGCUCUGACGUCGGCCGAGCUGGUGGGCUAGUCGAGAGAGACAUUGAGCAGGCCAUCACUGCUCUAAAGAAAGGUGCCUACUUACUGAAGUAUGGAAGAAGAGGGAAACCCAAGUUCUGUCCAUUUCGGCUGGCAAAUCCUGUUGGCAUCUUGAGAAAUGUGCAAAACAGUACGUAUGCAUGGGUGCUGCAUUUAGCUGCUAUAUAUUGCUCUGUUGCUCUCUGUGAUGAUGUAAAGAACAUCAUCAAUGAUCUAAACAGGAGCCUGACAAUUGAAUUCGAUUUAAAAGAUGAGUCUGGUUUGAUAUGGUUUUCGGGAAAAGAAGAGAAACAGCUUAAACUUAGUCAAGUUUCCAGGAUUAUAUCUGGGCAGCGGACUCCAAUUUUUCAAAGGUAUCCACGCCCUGAGAAGGAAUACCAGUCUUUCUCUCUAAUAUACAAUGACAGAUCACUUGAUUUGAUUUGCAAGGACAAGGAAGAAGCGGAAGUGUGGUUUAGUGGGCUUAAGGCAUUGAUUUCACGUGGCCAUCAUCGUAAGUGGAAAACAGAAUCGAGGAGUGAUGGAAUUUCAUCUGGAGCUACUAGUCCCAGAAUAUACACAAGAAGAAGUUCACCUCUGCAUGCCCCAUUUGGAACCAGUAAUAGCUUUCCAAAGGAUGCUGCCGAUCAACUUCGCCUCCGUAGCCCUUUCGAAAGUCCUCCAAAAAAUGGAUCGGACAAGCCAUUAUCAGACAUGGUAUUGUAUGCCAUGCCUCCCAAGGGUUUCUUCCCUUCUGACACAACUACUCGUUCCACCCUUUCCCUGUCAUCUGGAGGCUCGGACGGGUUACACAAUCAAAUGAAAGGUACAGGAAUGGAUGCCUUCAGAGUGAGCCUCUCUAGUGCAGUAAGCUCGUCCAGUCAAGGCUCCGGUCACGAUGAUGGUGAUGCCAUGGGGGAUGUUUUCAUCUGGGGAGAAGGCACUGGUGACAGCAUCAUGGGCGGCGGACCCCACAGGGCAGGGAGCAGCUUUGGCCCCAAAACAGACGCCUUGCUGCCAAAGGCAUUAGAAUCUGCAGUUGUUUUGGAUGUUCAGAACAUAGCCUGUGGCAGUCGACAUGCCGCCCUUGUGACCAAACAAGGUGAGAUAUUCUCUUGGGGUGAGGAAUCGGGAGGCCGGCUAGGUCACGGUGUGGAUGCCGAUGUCUUACACCCGAAGCUAAUUGAUGUCUUGAGCAACACGAAUAUCGAGCUUGUUGCAUGCGGCGAGAACCACUCGUGUGCAGUCACCCUCUCUGGGGACCUGUACACUUGGGGCAAUGGGCAUUUCGGUCUUUUGGGGCACGGGAAUGAAGUUAGCCAUUGGGUCCCAAAAAGGGUAAACGGGCCGCUGGAGGGAAUCCACGUUUCCUCGAUUUCGUGCGGGCCCUGGCACACGGCUGUUGUGACCUCGUCCGGCCAGCUUUUCACUUUUGGUGAUGGGACUUUCGGAGUGCUUGGCCAUGGAGACAGGUUAAGUGUCUCGAAACCGAGGGAAGUCGAGUCCUUGAAAGGUCUGAGAACCGUGAGAGCAGCCUGUGGCGUUUGGCACACGGCCGCAGUUGUUGAGAUUAUGGUCGGGAGCUCGAGCUCCAGCAAUUGCUCUUCUGGAAAGCUCUUCACGUGGGGAGAUGGUGAUAAAAGUCGGCUAGGGCAUGGUGACAAGGAAACAAAGCUUGUUCCGACUUGUGUUGCGGCUCUUGUGGAUCCUACUUUUUGUCAGGUCGCUUGUGGGCAUAGUUUGACGGUGGCUCUUACUACCUCUGGGCACGUGUAUGUCAUGGGUAGCCCAGUUUACGGGCAGCUUGGUAAUCCUCAAGCUGAUGGGAAGCUUCCGGCUCGAGUUGAAGGGAAACUGGGGAGGAGUUUUGUGGAGGAGAUUUCCUGUGGUGCCUAUCACGUGGCCGUGUUGACUUCGAGAACUGAGGUCUACACGUGGGGGAAGGGGGCAAACGGUAGAUUGGGUCAUGGGGACACGGAUGAUAGGAAUUCGCCCACUCUAGUUGAAGCUCUGAAGGACAAGCAAGUGAAGAGUGUCGCUUGCGGUACUAAUUUCACUGCAGCUAUCUGCCUUCAUAAGUGGAUCUCAGGUGUGGACCAGUCCAUGUGCUCUGGCUGCCGUCUGCCUUUCAAUUUCAAGAGAAAACGCCACAACUGCUACAAUUGCGGGCUCGUGUUUUGUCACUCGUGCAGCGGGAAGAAGUCGCUGAGGGCUUCUAUGGCCCCUAAUCCGAACAAGCCGUACCGCGUGUGUGAUAAUUGUUUUGAUAAGCUGAGGAAAGCUAUCAACACGGAUAAAUCGUCUCAUUCGUCGGUUAGUAGAAGAGGAAGUGUGAAUCGGGUGAUCAACGAGAAUACAGACAAGGAUGAGAAGAUGGAUGCGGGAUCUUGUCCCAAUCUACCUAGGACCUCUUCAAUUGAGCCUUUGAAGCAAGGGGAGAGCCGGACUUCCAAGAGAAAUAAAAAGCUGGAAUUUAAUAGCAGCCGUGUAUCACCAGUCCCUAGUGGAAGCUCCCAAUGGGGGUCGUCGCUUAAUAUCUCAAAGUCAUUCAAUCCAGUUUUUGGAUCCUCUAAAAAGUUUUUCUCGGCUUCAGUUCCUGGAUCAAGAAUUGUUUCUCGAGCAACAUCACCAGUCUCAAGACGGACUAGCCCUCCUCGUUCGACUACACCGACCCCCACUUUGGGAGGUCUGGCAUCACCUAAGAUUGUUCUAGAUGGCAUAAAGAUGACUCAUGAUGGCCUUAGCCAAGAAGUUACUAAAUUAAGAGUGCAGACUUCUAGGGGUUGUGUCAGUGUACUGGUGGAAAAUCUCACUCGCAAGGCUCAAUUUCAAGAGCUAGAGCUAGAAAGAACAACCAAACAGCUGAAGGAGGCAGUAACAGUUGCAGGGGAAGAGACUGCAAAAUGCAAAGCUGCAAAAGAAGUCAUUAAAUCACUUACCGCACAACUGAAGGAAAUGGCCGAUAAGCUUCCUGUGGGUUCCACCAGAAACAUCAAAUCAUCAACCUUAACUUCACUCUGUCCCCCUUCAAUAUCUCAAGAUGCUACUAUUGCUUCUUUUGAUCGACCGAACGAGCAGGAUCUUGAGUCAAACGAGUCAAACAGCCUGUUGCUUUCUAAUGGGUCCGGCACUGCAACUAAUCGCAGUUUGGGCCACAGCAGACAAGGUCUAGCAGAAGCAACACCGAGAACUGGAAAUAAAACAAAGGAAAAUGAAUCCCAAAGCCAAAAUGAAUGGGUCGAGCAAGAUGAGCCUGGUGUUUACAUUACCCUUACCUCUCUGCCUGGAGGACUCAAAGAUCUCAAGCGAGUUCGUUUCAGUCGGAAGCGGUUCAGUGAGAAGCAAGCGGAGCAAUGGUGGGCAGAGAACCGGGCAAGAGUAUAUGAACAGUACAAUGUACGUAUGGCUGACAAGUCAAGCGUUGGUGUAGGAAGUGAGCGGUUGAGAUUUAAAGUCGGGUCGAGGUUCUUGGGAUUGAGUUUUGAAGUUGGGUCGUCCAGGCCCGAUUCGCCAUCAUCCGGCAUAUGCGUCCUCGAUUUCUUCAGGCUCCGGCGGUGA